GAAGAAAUAAUCGUUGCUGUUUUGUUUCCGUGAAGAUAAUCGAUGCGGAACGCGUUUCCGAUGUUACUCAAAGUGAGAGUUUGAGUGGUGUUCACAUUUAUUUGUUGUUUAGCGCUGCCCGUGUUCACUCGGAGAAAUGGCUUCAGAGGUUUCUCGCCCUUUGAGAAGGUCGACCAGACGCGGAGUGUUGAAUGUGUACGUCACACCCAGAGGCCCUCUGAAAAGGACCAAAAAGCAUGUGGAGGUUCCAGUUCCUCCUGCAGCUGUGAAUGGCUACAAAGAUUCAGACAGCUCUGACAAUGAAGAUUCUCCAAGUAAGAAGAGCCGGGUGGAGACCAAAGACACGGAGGGUGAAACUGAGAUGGAUGUUCAGGAAUCAGAUGAGAAUAUGGACAAAGAGGAUGUGGAAGAUCAGCCUGAGGAAGAAGAUCCCAUUCAUCAUCCCAAAAUCUGUCAAGGUUACUUUGGAGACACAAUUUUAGCCCCCUGUGUUUUACCACCAGAGCACCACCAAACUCAACCUGAAAAUAAACCUGUGGACUUUCCACCAUCCAUCAGAGCAGACAUGUCAACCAAAAGGGCUUCAGUUCACACUAAACCUGCCAGCCAAGCCAGAGUGCUGGGCAGACGACAAGAUGAUAUGCCGAUUCCACAGAACACAUGGCUUGGUGAUCCAGUGGCAGAGUACAAGAAGAGGAUGGAGGCCAAAGUUACGAGUUGUGGUUUACACCAAAUGAAAAUGAACCACCAUCCCCCAAAGUUACAUCCAACCUCUGAAGUUUCCUCUUUAACACGACAACAUGUAAACAACAAUGCCCGCCAAGCAAAAGGUGCUCAGCACCAAAAAGAAGGAAUUAAGAAAUCUGAUCCUCCCAAAGGAAGAUCUGGAUGUUUCUUUAGGAGAUUCGUUUGGUAUUGUUUGUACCUUCUUGUCCUGGCAUUGUUCGGCUCAGUCAGCUUUCUGGCAGUCAAGAAUGCUCCCACUGUCCGUAGGACUUUAACAGGUGGAGGGCAUCAGUUUUCUUCUGUGAACACAGGACUGUUUACAGCUCAGUUGUCUUUGUUGAAAGAUCAGUUCUCCAGCCAGCGUCCUGAAGUGUGGAAGAUGAUCAGAAUCCACCUGGGAAAUUACCUCCAGGCAGUCCAGCCUACUGAACCCGUCAGCCUGAUCCUCACUGCCGGACUCCGGGCUGAGAGGACACUGCACUGCCUGGCUCAAGGCUUAGCAACCGCGUUCGCUUCAGCCCUCAAUUCUUCUGUCCUCCACAUCGAUGGCACCAGCUACGCAGGCCGCGACAGCGACCAGGUCAAAUUCGAGGUGGACAAUCAGCUGCAAGCCGCUUUUGGAGGGGACAAACUUGUGGCCAUUAUUCAGCGCUUUGAAGAGCUGCCUCCAGACUCCACCCUCAUUUUUUAUCGCUACUGUGACCAUGAGAACGCCGCUUAUAAGCGAGCGUUCUUGCUGUUUACUGUGUUACUGCGACAGGAUGAGGUCAGGCUUCAAAAGAGUGUUAAUGAUGUGGAGGAGAUGGUGCAAGACUAUCUGACAGAGAGUUUGGUGGACUCAGGGACCCAAACUACCUUCAAAAGGAUGGACGCGAACAAGUUUAGUGGACUGUGGAGCCGCAUCUCCCAUCUUGUAUUGCCUGUGGCGUCUGAGGAGGAGGUGGAGGAGAGAGGAUGCUGACACAUGAACUCAAUGUUCCACAUUAAGACAGAAUAUCACUUUGGACCUGCAUGGUCCCUGCUGGCACUGUUCUGCUGUUACCAGCAGAACAGUAUUUGAGUAUUUGAAGUUUUUAUUCAUUGUCCAUGGUCAUAACUGAGAUUUUACUCAUGGCUGCAUUCCAGUUUUGCAAAUCAUCAACUGCCCUGUUUUUGUACCUCUGGUGUUCAUCAGCAACACAUAGACUGAAGAUUUUGUGACUUUUUCCAUUGAUUUGACAUUGAAGAAAGAGGACUGCAAAUUUUUUUUUAAUCCAGCACUGGACAAACAGUUUAAAGUACCCUAGAAUUUUGCUAAAAUUGUAGUGUUUGACUUUGCUUCAGUGAGUGUUUUUUUUUUUUGGUGAUAUAAUACAUCUUUGAAAAGCUUUUUUUAUGUAGGUAGA